ACGGCACAGAAUGCACACGCUGAACGAUGCACUAGAGAGAUUAAGAAUGGCUUUACCUACAUUUCCUGAAGACACCAAGUUGACAAAGAUCGAGACCCUUCGGUUCGCUCACAAUUAUAUAUGGGCUCUCUCUCAAACAUUAGGAAACUCUGAGAGUGGCGAAGUAACCGUUAACGUCGGCAAUGUAACAGUCAGCAUCAGUGAGAACGGUAACAUGAUCACGUCUUCGACCGGAAGCUGUGCUGUAGCUGCACAAAAACGACUUGGACCGAGUCACCCAACAACAUUUCCUUAUCCUCAAGAAAGAUUCGUGCCGGAAUGGCAAGAAUAUGAUUGCUAUAGCGAUCAAAGUGUCAGUCCACCGAUACCACAACAAUAUCAACCGUGUUACGAGCAAAGGAUGUAUCCACAUCAUCAAAUUCAUCAGCCACAUCAUCAUAUGACUCAUCACAACAGCAUGUAUCAGUGCCUUUAAGAUUUGGACAUCGUAUUGUAUCGUCUGUUUUCUUCCGUGUUAAAUUUUCAUGCAACGAAAUAGCAGACGAAAUCCUUUGAUCUAUCUGUGCCAUCAACAUCGAAUUUAUUUUUAUUGUAUGUAUCGAGCCAUUAUUCGUAUUUGAAUAUUUUGAGUACUAGGAUGGUUCUACCGGUCAUGUGUUCUCUUUGCGCGAACUUUCUAUCGCGUAAUAAUAAUACCAAAGUGUUUGCUACGUUUCGAUAAAUUUAAUCGAGAGGGAGAAAAAGAGAGAGAGAGAGAGAGAGAGAGAGAGAGAGAGAGAGAGAAAGAGAAAGAGAAAGAGAAUUUACCGUAGAGUAUCGUCGGUAUAUAUUUACGAUGCAAUAACGAAAAUGGUUGGAAGAAAUGCGAUGGAGAAAUUAUUUUCUUACUGUUGCGAUCGUUUUGCAAUUUUGAACGAACAGUUAAUUGAAAAUCAAUGAGUAAUAAUAAUGCAAAUUUAUUACGUACGAAAGUACAAAACUCAGCGAUAAGUAUUAUCGUAUUUCUUCUCCUUCGUAAUUAUUAUCAGUAUAACCAGUUUAAUCGAGAGACUUCAAGUCGAUAGUCGAUUAGAAGUCGUAGAAGAAAAAAAAUUAAAGAACAAUACUAAAAGGUUAUCGUUAUCUACUUUGUAAGAGAGUAAUCUAUUUAAAUUGAAUUUAGAACGCUUAAGCUAAUUAUAAGUUAAUCAUUAUUACACAUAUACCGU